GCUACGCCCCUCGUGAUAAAGUCCUUUUUUAAUUCAGGAAAUAGUCAAUGAUUAUACCGUUCAGUAUACAAAAUGACUGAUCAAACGAUGUGGUAAUGAUGUCAUAUUGAGUUCAAACCAUACACGAAUGGCACAUGCUGCUGGUAGAGCUACCCCGGGAAUCUAGAGUAUCACUGUGAGUUCUACCAGAAUUGAAGAAAACCCAGAAUUGAGUUAACACAUCGUAAGGAUCUUCGCACUUGCUGAUUCGGGUUUAUCGAGUAUCUCCACCUGAUCAACAGUCUGGUCUCAAAGAGAGAGUCAUAAUGGCACAGUGGGUUGGUCGCGCUGCCGUGGUGACUGGAGCAGGUUCGGGGUUCGGCGAGGCGAUCACAAGAAGCCUAGCAAGGAUCGGGAUGAGAAUACUUGCCACCGAUGUCAACGUCGAUUCCGUUGAGAGAGUAGCUGAUUCCCUGAAGAAUAGCGGCAUGUCGGGGGAGAUUCAUACCAUGAAGUGUGAUGUCGCUGACGAGACCGCAGUCAAAGACAUGUACGCCCAGGCUGAGAAUAAGUUUGGUGGUGUUGAUGUCAGUGUUCAGUGUGCUGGUCUCUCUAAGGCAUCUCCCCUCCUCUCAGGUGAUGCUAAUGAUUGGAGGAUAAUGCAGGAGGUAAAUGUUUUAGGAACUCUCUUCUGCUGUCGAGAAGCAGUCAACUUGAUGAAGAAAAAUGGUGUCGAUGAUGGCGUCCUUAUUAAUCUAGUCAGUCUUGCCGCAUACAAGUGGACACCUAUUAGUGAUAUGCAUUUCUAUGGAGCUUCCAAGGUGAUGUUAAUGGCUAUACAAGAAGGUUUCAGGCAAGAGCUCAGGGAAAUCAAGUCAAACAUCAGAAUAUCGGGUAUAUCGCCAGGUCAAGGGAAUACUGGUUUCUAUCCCAGUAUGUUCGGAGAUGUUUCAAAAUCUACUGUUCCCCUACUGCAAAAGCAACUUGAGGCUGAAGACAUAGCAGAAGCAGUAGAAUACAUCCUAAACACACCCAAGCAUGUACAGAUCCAUGACAUUCUCCUCCGUCCCGUUACACAGCCUUAGGAACUAAACUUGCUUCUUUUCUCCACACUGCAUAUUGAAUCUACAAAGCUCAGAGUUGGUCUGCAAUCUUUAAAAUCAGUUGUGCAAUCUAUCUUACAAACAAUCUACAAACGAUUGGGAGGAUUAACAAUCAUCAUCGUUGAACUUUAUUGACCAAAUCCAAAAUCCUAAAGUAUCGAUUAGGUUAGGAUUAUUUCAUUUAAUAGAUUUUUGGAUUCCUUCCGAGAGGAAAGGAGAGACAAUCCGCUCCCAAAGGCUGCUGUAGAAAAUUCGAAAUUGAAGGGGCGUCCCCGCCGCCCGGAUCAUCCCGUAAUAAUAUGAGUCCAUUAUCAGUCUUAACAAUCAAGACUUGCUUAUUAUGGGGGUGAACGUAUUCUCCGCUUGCGGCAUCUAAUUACUGCUACAUACAUGACAUACAGACAUGGGCAGGCGCAGAUCAAGAUUCGGACUUUUACGGGAUACAAAUUUACCUGAAAUCAUUAAUUGACACUG